CAACUUUCCUUGCUGAGGAGUUGGGUAACACUGCUUCUGACAGGUAGAGUGUUACCCCUGUUACACCUGACUAUAGCCACGGGUUUCACAAUCCGCACAGGAGUUCCAGACUGACUCUCGAGGGAGCCAUGUCGCCUGCAUUGCGUGCUGGAUGCAUCCUACCUGUGCUUUUGGUCGUACCCUUCCUCCUCGCGUGGGCACCUGGAUGCACGGCGCGCUACACAGCGGACUGGGCCAGCCUGGAUGCCAGACCCCUGCCCCAGUGGUUCGACGAUGCGAAGAUCGGGAUUUUCGUCCACUGGGGGGUCUUCUCGGUCCCUGGCAUAGGGCAGUUUAGCGAGUGGUUUUGGUGCUGGUGGAAGAUCCAAAAGCGCGCAGACCAAGUUAACUUCAUGCGGAAAAACUACCCACCAGGCUUUGAAUACGCGGAUUUUGCGACCCAGUUUCACGCAGAGUUCUUCAAUCCGGAUGUCUGGGCAGAGCUUUUUAAAGCCUCUGGAGCAAAGUAUGUAGUAUUCACAUCCAAACACCAUGAAGGAUUCACAAACUGGCCCUCAGCAGAUUCCUGGAACUGGAACUCAAUGGCUGUAGGUCCUCACCGGGACCUGGUGGGAGAACUGGUACAAGCUGUCAGGAAGAAGUCAUUGCAUAUGGGUCUCUACCACUCUCUAUAUGAAUGGUUCCAUCCCCUAUAUUUGGCGGACAAAGCCUCUGGAUUCAAGACUCAGGAAUUUGUUGCCCGUAAGGCUCUUCCAGAGCUAGUGAACCUUGUGACGGCGUACAAACCAGAUCUGAUCUGGUCUGAUGGGGACUGGGAAGCCCCCGAUACCUACUGGAACUCCACCGAGUUCCUGGCCUGGCUUUACAAUGACAGCCCUAUCAAAGAUGUGGUGGUGACCAAUGACAGGUGGGGAAAGGGCUGCUACUGCAAACACGGAGGCUACUACAACUGUGCUGAUAGGUACACGCCUGGGAAACUUCCAGACCACAAAUGGGAGAAAUGCCAGUCCAUCGACAAACGUUCCUGGGGCUACCGAAGAAACAUGAAGCUAAGCGAGCUCAUGGACCUGCCGUCCAUCGUAAAGGACAUGGUGUAUGUGGUGGCAAUGGGUGGUAACUACCUGCUGAACAUUGGGCCGAUGUCAGAUGGCAUGAUUGCCCCAGUGUUUGAGGAGAGGCUGAGGGGACUCGGUGCCUGGUUGGGGAUCAACGGGGAGGCCAUCUAUGCUUCCAAAACCUGGAGGGUCCAGACGGAGAACAGCACUGCCAAUGUCUGGUACACUGCCAAAAAUAAUACAGUUUAUGCCAUUAUCCUUGGCUGGCCGUCCAAACAAGUACUUCAGCUCACAGUGCCAAAGAUGUCUGCAGCCACACAAAUUACACUUCUGGACUAUCCUAAUGUGCCACUGAAGUGGGCACCACUGACACCAUCUGCUGGACUGGUUAUUGCUAUGCCUCCCAUGCCAGUGUCUCCUGGAAAUGCCUGGUGUCUGAAAUUGGAGGGAGUCGUCUAACGCCAGAGAGUUGUGAAUCAGGACCACGUCUUUAGGUCAAAGAGCAUCUCUGUUACACUUUACAUGUAAUGUUUGUGUGUGUAAUAUUACAUUAGGUGAUUAAGUGCUACUACGGCAUUUAAGUGCUACCUAUUCAAGGUAUAGUCGAAAAAGAUGUGUUUUUAGUUUGCGACGGAAGAUGUAGAGACUUUCUGCUGUCCUGAUGUCAAUGGGGAGCUUGUUCCACCAAUGAGGAGCCAGGACAGCAAACAGUCGUGAUUUUGUUCAGUGUUUAGCUCGAAGUGAAGGAGCUACAAGCCGAUUGGCAGAAGCCGAGCAAAGUGAACGGGCUGGGGUGUAUGGGGUGUAAGGCUGCCACAUAUUAAAAGGACACAUCAGGACUAGGUAAGAAAGUUCAGCAUUGUAUAGUUGUAUAAUUAAUUUCCUCAGGAAUUUACUGUAGAUAGGACGAACGAUUUCAAAGUCAGCGCUCAGCUUCAAUCACUGAUGUUAAAAACCACAAACCAAGCCAGAAAUCUAGAUGUAGUUAUGGAUUCAGACCUCAACCUGAACAGCCAUAUCAAGACAAUUACAAAAUCAGCCUACUAUCACCUGAAGAAUAAAUCAAGGAUUAGUGAAACUUGUUCACUUGACUACCGUAAUGGUGUGUUUACAGGUCUCUGUAAAAAGUCAGUCAGAAAGCUGCAGCUGUAGCUUGAGUCUGAGCACUUUGCUUCUGCUACCUUACGAACCAUCCUGACCCCUCAGGUCAUCUGGGACUGGUCUAUUUUCUGUUCCAAGAGUCAGAACCAAACGUGGAGAAGCAGCGUUCAGCUUUUCUGCUCCACAUAUCUGGAACAAAGUUUGCUGUUGCCAUUUUAAUUUAACCAGAUUCAAGGAUAUUAAUCGAUUUCACAUACCAUUUCUGUAUUUUAUUUCUUAAACUGCACUGAAACCUAUAUUUUAUUUUUUUGCUUUUUGACUGUUUUUAAUGUUUUUAUGAAUGUUCUUAAUUGUUUUUAAAUCUUAUUUUCUGCAUUAUGUUUUGAAGCUUUUAAUAGAUAUAUGUGAAGCACUUUGAAUUGCCUUUGUUGUUGAAAUGUGCUAUACAAAUAAACGGGCCUUGUCUUUAAUUAUGACCAAUACUAUCGUUUAAUUAUGACUUUAUUUAACCUGUAGGUGGCGGUGCACACCUUUUUUAAGUAACUGUUGCAAUCCGCCAUUAAACCAAAAGAAGAAGAACACCUAUGUCGAUAACAGAAAGCGAGUGUCUGCGGUGCUCCCUAAGCACCGACUCAUGGGGAAGUCGCGGGACCUCAGUGAGUUCGAGCGGGGCACGAUCGUGGGCGCGCGGCGCGCCGGCUGCAGCAUCGCGGAGACGGUGAACCUGUCGGGCUUCUCAAAGACCGCGGUGGCCCGGGUGUACAGGGAAUGGUGUGCGGAGCAGAAAACCUCGAGUCGCCGGGAGACCUGCGGGAGGAAACGCCUCGUCGAUGAAAGUGGCGAGAGGACGAUGGAGCGAAUGGUGGAGGAGAACAACCACGCCACGAGUGUGCAGAUCCAGGCGCUGUACAACAGCAGCAGCGGGCAGGAGAAGCCCAUCUCACUCACGACCACCCGGCGGACCCUGAAGCGGCUCGGCUACAGCCGCAUGGCUCAGCGGCGCGACACGCUCGUCCAGGCCGGGCUGGACGCGCUGUCCGCGGUCACAUCAUGCGCAGAACAGCUGGGGAUCGACGCGGACUUUGACCCGGCAUGAGGGUGCAAAGAGACUUGAUACACCUUACACAAAAAGAGAAAAUUAGAAAGUAGAAACAUCUAUGUGCAUAACUCACUUUUUCUUUCGCUGUACAUAUGUUCAUUUAUUUUUCUUAAAAAAAGAUGAUUUAAUCAAUUGUACAAAGAAAACCCGUUUCAAUGCAUUAUAUAAAAACAGAAUGUUUCAAAAUGUCCUGUAGUUGGAUGAUGGUCUCAGUUUGUUUCUGCUUGUAUUGUGUAUUUACAGGGAAGUAAAGUCAACUACAUUUCUAGACGUAA